CGCCAUCAACACACACACCAAGCUACACGCCGUCUCUGCAACAAACCACCCCCACGACUCUACCGGCAGCUUCGCAACAACACCAUGGGCGGCUUCGACUUCUCCAACCACAACCGCAAUGCGGCUCUCCACGCUCAGGGCAUCCCGCUGCCCAAGGCGACGAGCACAGGAACAACCAUUGUCGGAUGUCUCUUUGACGGCGGCGUGGUCAUCGCAGCAGACACACGAGCCACCAGCGGCCCCAUCGUAGCAGACAAGAACUGCGAGAAACUCCACUACAUCUCCCCUCACAUUUGGUGUGCCGGUGCCGGUACCGCCGCAGACACCGAGUUCACCACCGCCAUCAUCUCCUCCAACCUCGAACUGCACGCCCUCUCCACCGGCCGCAAGCCCCGCGUCGUUACCUGCAUGACCAUGUUGAAGCAGCACCUGUUCCGUCACCAAGGUCACAUUGGCGCCUACCUCGUUAUUGCGGGUGUCGACCCCACCGGCGCACAUCUCUUCACCGUCCACGCCCAUGGCUCCACCGACAAGCUGCCGUACGUCACCAUGGGUUCGGGUUCAUUGGCCGCCAUGUCCGUCUUCGAGACACAGUGGAAGCAAAACCUGACAAGGGAGGAGGCCGUCACACUCUGCGCAAACGCCAUCGAGGCAGGUAUCUGGAACGAUCUGGGUUCAGGUAGCAACGUGGACGUGGCGGUCAUCACAGAGGAGAAGACCACAUUGAUGAGGAACUACAAGACACCAAACACCAGACAGCCCAAGCAGAGGAACUACAGGUUCCAGCGGGGAACUACGGCGGUGCUGAACGAGAAGAUCAUCACAAAGGAGGAGAUCAGCAAAUACGUUACCGUACAUGAGCUCAAGGAUGGCGACGUAGCCGGAACAGCCGAGACGAUGGACAUAGAUUCGUAGGGAGGGGUGUAGGUGACAUGGCGUUACGAACAUGAAUGUGUACUAUUACACCUAAACGGGGUUCAAGACGGACCACCUCAGCCGAAUAGCUACAAGGCAAUAUGAUGACGAUCAAUGAACAUUUCAGACAUGCAGAGCGAGUAUCAAAUGAGGACAAUGUUCAGUCAUGGCAUCUUUUAAGUAUUACGCUACCUAACAAAACAGAAUGGAUCCGAGGCCUUCAUUGCAGGCAACAUGUCGAGCAUCUACGUCCUUUC